AUGACAGCCGACUCAGACACCGCCAUGGCCGAUAUCAGUACCCCCUCGACGGCUGCCACAGCAAUUUCUCCAUUCCAACGAAUCCCUCUCGAGGUUCUCCUACGGAUUACUUACUUCCUCACCACUCCUGAACUAGGGAAUGUCCGUCUGACAUGUCGCUCAAUCGAGCAGGCUUUGUACACUACCUUUACCAAUGAGUUCUUCACCCGCAAGCAGUUUAUGAUCUCAGAAACAAGUCUACAGGCUCUGAUUGACAUCUCAAAGAGUAGACUCAGUCCUCAUCUACGCAAAGUGCAUUUUGGGCUGGACAGAUUUGCGCACGCCCUGCAAGUCCACGGCCACAAUGCUAGGACGGCGAGGCAGAUGGAGUUGUACAAUGGUCAGUUCUCUCUGCUGAGUACGGGGUAUCACAGGGAUAUGCUUGUAGAGGCCUUCAAGAACCUGGAGAAUCUUGAAGAUGUUGUCAUUCGCGACUUCAACUCGGUCCGCCGCACACGCGAUGGCCCAAAUAGACAGUGGACAAGCUACGGAUCGACUACAGCUUUGAGGGAAACGGGGUCUCGCCCUGGCCAGAACAGCGGUAUGGCCUGGGGACCCGAUACCUCUACAGCCUACGGAAGCACCAUCUUCACAUCUGUGCUCUUCGCCCUCGGCCAGGCGGGUGCGAAGCCAAAGGGCAUUGAGCACAUGUCGCAUUCUAGGAAUCAUCUGCGAGAUUGUGCCUUCAAUAUCCCUUCGUAUAUGGAGGCCUCGGUCACACCUGUUUUGGAGAAUCUUGAGAAGCUACACAUCGAUAUCGAUUUGCUCGGCGGCAGCGACUUCUCUAGCGACGAUGCUGCUGGCCAUUCGUCGACUGCAGAUAUGAUGCUUCGCCGGUUUCUCCUCAAAUUAAAGAACAUCAAGCACCUGCGCAUCAACGAGACCCAUAGUAGUGUUACUGGUCCCGGUAUGCUUCUUGGGUGGCUAGGUCGCGAGAAUGCUACAUCGUCAGCGCCUCCAGCACCUGGGCCGUCUUCUGCCCCUGGAUCACCUCUUGCGCCCCCUGAACCCUCACCUGAAUACCACCAGUUGGAAGAGCUCAAUUUUGGCAUGAUGAAUGUGGAGCCUCAACACCUCCUCGCCGUCACCCGAAAAUUCGCGCCUACGCUCAAGAGACUAGAGCUACACAAGAUCACCCUCCGGCGACGGCUCCCAGAUGGCCACUCAGGAACGCCGCCAAAAGUAAGCUUUUGGAAUAAGUUUCUAGAGAAGCUGAAAGACAUCCCCAACCUCGAUUUGCGGCACAUCAAAAUCAGUUUUCCUCAGCAGCAGUGGGCGUCACGACCGAGCCGGUCUUUUGUCGCCUUCGAAGGUUCGAAAGAAAGCGUGAAGCAGUAUACCGGAACGGAUUGGAGGUACUUCGUUGGGCACGAGAUGAUGCCCAAGAUCAACGUGCUAUGGCCGAGUGAAGAUAGCAGUGCGGAGGAGGAUGAGGAUGAUGACGGUAUUUGGGACCUAUAUGCGCUUGAUCUGUAA